AUGCAUGAGGCACCUUCUUUCGAGCCAGAGAUUGACGAUCUCGACGCAGAGCAGGACAGGAAGCUCAGGGAACUUGAGGACCUUCACUCUGGGGCCAUCAGGAAGGGGGCUCUGCCAGACAGCCGCCCAGAAGGCACAAAAUCUCCCCAAGACGGAGAUUUGGUGUACUUCCACCUGACGGUGCGGCGAGAGGAUGACAGAGUGGUGGAGACUACGCGGCUGUCUGAGAGUGGGGUGGAGGGCUCUGGAGUGCCCAGAGCUUUCGUGCUGGGCGAAGGGCUGCGCGCACCCAGGGGAUGGGAGCUCGCUCUCUAUGACAUGAAAAAGGGAGAGAAGGCGCGCUUCAUCAUGACGCCGGAGUACGGCUAUGCGGGGAAGGACUGCCGAGUGCCGCCGCCGGCCGGCUGUGCAGCGGACGCCGCAUUUGUGUUUGACAUCCACCUGGUUGACUGGUAUGGCAAGGACGAGGUCCGCGUGGCGUCGGAUGACGGGGAUGUCUUCAAGCGCAGCCUGUGCGAAGCAGAGACCUGGGAGACCCCCCGAGCGCCCUUUGAGGUUGAGGUGACCUGCACGGCGCGCGUUCCCUCCAGCAGCGGCCGUCAGGGAGAAGGGCGCACCUAUUUCUCAACGCCCCCUGAUCAGCCGCUGUGCUUUGCCAUUGGCGACGGCCAGGUACCGAGCGGGUUUGAGGAUGCGGUGUGCUCGCUUGCCAAGUUGGAGCGUGCAAUUGUGAGCUGCCCUGCAGCCAAAGCGAGGCCGAAAGGCCCUGGUGGCCUGGUUCCGCCUCCCCCAGAUGGAAUUGACAGAGUGGAGCUUGAGCUGCAAUUGCUCUCAAUGCUCCAGGUGAGGGACAUGACGGGGACAGGGGAGGUGACAAAACGGAGGGUCAUAGAGGGCAGGGGAGAGUUUCCAGUGGACUGCCCGCUCGAGGACUGUGCGGUCCGCGUCCACUACAAGGCGACUCUGGCCGGCACAGAUAAGGUGCUGCAUGAUACGCGGGGGCCUGAUGGAGCAGCGGCACCGCUGGAGUUCAACACGGGGAUGGAUGAAGUGCCGGAGGCGAUUGACAUGGCGGUGCGGCUGAUGACGCCCGGUGAGACCUCCCUCGUCCGCACCGCAGCUCGCUACGGCUACGACGGCCGCGGCGACCGGCCAGAGGGGUGCCCAGAGGGUGCGGAGGUGGAGUUUGAGCUGCAGCUGGUGGACUUUGACAAGCAGCCCAACUGGCACGCGAUGAGCGCGGACGACAAGCUGGCGCGCGCGCAUGCGCUGAAGGACCAAGGGAACGCCAUCUUCCGGACGGGCCCAGCGCAGUACAGCCGCGCCGCCGCCAAGUGGGCCAAGGCGCUCAAGUUGGCGGCGGCCAGCAGGGACAAGGUGGACUGCAUGACCAAUCUGGCGCUGGUGGCACAGAAGGAGCGCCGAUUCACAGACUGCUUCAAGUGGUGUGAGAAGGCCCUCAGGGAGGUCACGGAUCACCCAAAGGCGUUGUUCAGGCGAGCAACGGCAAAUGCAGCAUUGAUGAACUACGAGGCGGCACGAGAAGAUUUUGAGCAGUGCAAGCAAGUCUGCCCAGUCAUGGCCAAGGAUGUGGACAGGGAGUUGGUCCUCAUGGAGAAGCAGCGGAGAGAGGCUGACGCAAAGCAUAAGCGGAGUCUUCUGGGCUUCUUGAAGAAGUGA